AUGCUGAUAGCGGAUUUAGAAGCAAGGUUUACUCAUUUGCAAGGACUUAGCAAGGAGAUAAAAAAGAAUAAUCUCAUACUUCAGAAGAAUAAAGAGAUCAUUUCUCUCAAUAUGGAGAAACUCGAGGUUAAUAAGAAAAUGCUUAACGAUUUAGAGAAAUCUUUAAUUUUAAAUGAAAAAGAACUUUUGCAAUUUGGAUAAAUAACAGAGGAUAACCAGCAGGAAUGCGAGAAACUCCUGUAAAAAAUAUACAAGCACAAAGAUAUAUUAGAUCAUUAUCAUUAAAAAAUUAAGCUCGAAAACAUGAAAAUUAAAUUGCAUAAUGAAACAAUCAUAGUCGAAAACAAGAUCAUCCACAAAAAAAAUACAGAUAUGUCAGAAGAGUUGAAAUUAAUGAAUGAAGAUUUGCAGCAAAAUUUUAAUUACCAGCAAGAUAACACCUCUAGUUGA